AUCAUAAUCAUCGGAUGUAUACGCACCGAGCGGAACUUAUACGAUAUUAUUUACAUCAAGUACAAACGGCCUUUUUUUCCAUUCGGAUAAAAAAGGAAAAAUAAAUACUUUGUUGGUUCUUCAUAAAUAAUUGCAUUAGAUAAUCUUCAGUGUAUUUGAGAAUACAUCAAAAGAGAGUACGGCCAUAUUACUUUUAGGAACACAGAACUGGAUGUUUCCUUCAGAAACAUGGCUGAAGAACAUCGUUUCGCUGGUGUAGUGAAAUUCUGUGUAUACAAGUUUUAAGAUAUAUUUCGGCUAGAAAAGGGUACGAUAAUAAACUAAAAUGACCUCGAUACACUUUGUCGUUCAUCCUUUACCGGGUACCGAUGAUCAACUUAAUGAUAGGUUGAAAGAAGUUGCAGAGAAGAUCAAUAGAUAUGGAUAUGUUACACUGCCUGCAUUUAAUGGAUUAAAAGUUUCCAUAAAACGUAUUGUGGUUGGGCCAACUCAUAUAGCGUUACUCACAGAGGACAAUAGAAUAUGUCGUGUUGCAUUUACAGUAUUGUCUGAUCGAUUGGAUUUAAGUAAAAAUGAACCUAACAGAAAUACAACUAAAAAUCAUGUUGGAAAUUCUAAUUCUGCUCCAAGCGGUAGUGGAAGUAGUGGAAGCGGUAGUAGAGCAGGUAUUUCUCGUUCAAGAGCAAGGAUCAUGAGGAGCAGUUCUGCUAUUCGAGGUGGUAGUAAUAGUGGAAAUAGCGGUGGCAGUGGUAGAAUAGGGCCUCCGGGAGUGAUCAUGGGAAGUGGAAGUGGUAACAGCUCACGUCCUAUUGCUUCAGUUCCUGCUCCAUUUGUACCAGAAGAUUUGAUAUCUCAAGCUCAAGUAGUAUUACAAGGAAAAAGUCGUAAUUUAAUUAUCAGAGAAUUACAGCGUACAAAUUUAGAUGUGAACUUAGCAGUGAAUAAUCUAUUAUCACGAGAUGAUGAAGAAGGCGAUGAUGCUGACGAUGCAGCAGAUAGUUAUGUACCAGAAGAUCUUAUAUCCUUAUUAGAUGGAGGCUUCAGUAAUGAACAUUCUGUUAUAAUCGAUGCAGACUCUAUGUUUUCUGAGGAUAUGUUUGGAUAUGCAGGCAUAAGACAUCGUGGAAGUUCUUCGCGAAGACUUGGUAAUGACAGAGAAGGAGAACGUUCAUCUGAACGUGAUAGAGAUCGUGAUAGUUUUAGCAGAUGGAGGGAUCGUCAAUAUUAUGGACCACGACGUUGGUUAGAAACUGCUUUAAAAGAUUCUUGGGAAAAAGAUCCUGAUAACAAGAAAAAAGAGUUAGCUUCUCAAAGUCCUUUGUGGAUAUCAGAAGAACUUGAAUGGUGGCAUGAACGUAGUAAUGAACCUGCUCCACGUUUUGUUCAAAUUGCUGCUCUUUACAGCGAAUUGAUAGCUGUUUCCACUUCCGGACAAUUGUAUCAAUGGAAAUGGUCCGAUCCUGAACCAUACAAGCAUUUAGAGAAUCCAAAUGUUCAUCAUCCAAAAACUAUACCAUUAGCAUUGAUGACAGAAAAAAUAGUUAAUAUAUCGGCAACAGCAAUUCGCUGUUCUGUUAGUACAGAAAGCGGCAAAGUAGCUACGUGGUUAGAUGAACUUUUGGGACACGUAGCCUCUCGCCUGGAACAUCCAGCACAGGCUUUUACUGAAUUUACAUUGGACAAAAUUGUAUCACUUCAUACAUGUGCUUUAUAUACUGUAGCAAAACUUGAAAGUGGCGCAUUAUAUUGGUGGGGAGUUUUGCCAUUUUCUCAGCGCAAAAAGUUGUGGGAAAAAUAUAAAGCAAAAUCACGCAAACAUAGACCAUCUACAGUGAUAUCAAAUGACAUUAGUUAUGGUACACACGUUUGCAUGAAAAACAGUCCAAUGUAUCAACCUGGCGCAAUAGGAUUUACAAUAGCCAAUGGGGUACCAAAAGUAGGACAACUAUUAUCAGCUGCUUGGAAUUUAGAUGCAACUUGCAGAUUUAAAAUAUUACCAGCUGGAUCACAUUUACCUAAUUCAAAUUUUGAUAAACGCGAAUCAAAUGGAAAUGGAAAUACUUCAAUAAAUAAGUCAAAUCAUAAAGAAACAGCUGAUCGACUCGAUAUGCCACCACCUCCAUCGCCUGCUUCCAGCACAUGUAGCGACACAGGUAGCAUCACAACGAGUCAUAAAAGACAAAAACGUUUAACGCCUCGAAAUGAAGGAGAAUCUGAACGAAAAGACGAAGAAGAUUGGCAAUUGAAAGACGUGGUUUUUGUAGAAGAUGUCAAAACCGUUCCUAUUGGAAAGGUCAUUAAAGUUGAUGGUUGCUAUGUAGCAGUUAAAUUCUUUUCAAAAGAUUCAAAAGAGAAGGAAAAAGAGACUAAAGAAAAAGAUUUUAGUACAUCUGAUUUUAAAGAUUUAACGGCUGAAGAAUUGAUCAAAUUAUUAGCCGACUGUAGGCUUUUAAGAAAAGAUGAAUUGCAAGUUAUUAAAUCAUCGAUGAAUCCAAGAGCACCCGAUUGCUUCCAACGUACUCCUAGAAGAGUUAAUAUAGUAGAAGGCUCGAGUGAUAAUCUUUUAACUAUUGCAACCGAUGGACAAGGCAUUCAUGCUAUAUUAAAAAGUGGGAAUAAGUUGAGCUAUGUUGUGUAUAAUUUAAGUACAGGAAGAUAUGUUCAAGAUUGUUAUAUUCCUUCGGAUAUUACUGCUUUCUUGGGAUUACAGCCUCAAAAUAUUAAUCUAACAAGUGCCGGAGAAAAUAUUGAAUGUUCUAUGAUACUUAGAGAUGGAAACAAUACAAUUUAUCCAAUAGCAAAAGAUUGUGCUGAUGCCAUUAGAGAUCCAAAUUGGUUAGAUUUACUCCCAGUAGUUUGCAUUGGAACAUCAACUAUUCCCAUACCAAGUUGCUCUAAUUCAACAAAUCUUAAAAAUCAAGUUGCAGUGAUUGCAUUGGCAUUUGACAAUCUUCUACUAAUGUCACGUAUACUGAGAUGCGAUUACGAUAGCGUAAAACAAUUAUUUUGUAAUUUGGAACAAGAUCUUAAGGGUAAUGUGACACAAAUACAAUCGAUAGUCUUAGAACGUUGUGAUGGUAAUCGAAAUAUCCUUCAUGCUUGUGUUACUAUGUGUGCACCAACUUCUAAUAAGAAAAGCGAUAAAGAUAUUGGAUAUGCAUUGGUCUCAAAUGCAGUAGAUGGUACCUCAGCUCCUAUUGAAGAACCAAUACCAACUUUGAGUUGGCCACCUGAGGCAUUCGACAAUACAUCUGGAGAAGAAGACAGUUUGCUUAGCAUAGGUGCUGCUAGUAUUUCUAUGAUGAAUAAACCUAAUAUAGGAGCAGCAUCCAAUAAUACGUAUAUUGUAGAUUCCGUUGAAAGAAGGAAUAACGCGCUGCUAAUACUGAAGUACAUGUGCGAAAGUAAUGUAUUAGCUCCUUACUUGAAAGAAUUACUUACAGCAAAGGAUGCUCAAGGACAAACGCCAUUAAUGCUUGCAGUAUCUGUUCGUGCAUAUCAUGCAGCUUUAAUUUUAUUAGAUACUAUUCAAAAAGUUGGUAGAGAUUCCAAAGAAUGUUCAGCAAUGAUUCUACCUCCUGAUGCUAAUCCAGAUUUAUCUCCUUUAUUCGUGACUUGCUGUAAUGAUACUUGCAGCUUUACCUGGACAGGCGCAGAUCAUAUCAAUCAGGACAUAUUUGAAUGUAGAACCUGCGGUUUAACAGGAUCGUUAUGUUGUUGCACCGAAUGUGCUCGUGUUUGCCAUAGAGGACAUGAUUGCAAACUUAAAAGGACAUCACCAACAGCAUACUGCGAUUGUUGGGAAAAAUGUAAAUGUCGUGCUCUUAUCGCUGGCUAUCAAGUUGCACGUUAUGAUCUUUUGUGCCGACUUGUAGUUAACACUGAUCUUGCAACAAAAAUCAAUUCACGAGGAGAAUGCAUUUUAUUAUUUUUGGCCCAGACAGUAGGAAGGCAAUUCAUAGAACAGCGCCAAUUUAGACCAGCAACUCGACCUCGAUCGACAUCUGCGAGUCGUAAAGCACCAUCAUCAGAUGGAUUAGGUGCUGAUUCUGAUAUGCCAGAUCAUGAUUUAGAGCCACCUCGUUUUAGUCGAAAUGCUCUUGAAAGAUUACUAAAUGACUGGUCAGCAGUUCAAUGUAUGAUUAUGUCAGGGGUAUCUGAAAAUGGUAAUGAACAGUUAUUUGGAGAUCAAGGACAAUUAUGUCGCCAAAGUGGUACCGCAUUAUUAGAUAAAUUCACCCAUCUGUUACUUGUUAAAUGCAGCACAGAGAUGCUUGAUACUUUGCUUACUACUCUUAUAAGAGAAUUGCAAAAUGAUUCUAUACCUGGACGUCAAGAUGAAGCAAACAAUGUUGCUCGACGAUUUGUAAGAUCUGUAGCUCGAAUAUUCGUAAUAUUUACUAUCGAAAUGGCACCUAAUACAGCAAAAAGAAAAAGUGCAAGUCAAGCUUCUCAACCUUUGAUGAAAUGUCGCAAAGUUUUUCAAGCUUUAAUUAAAUUGGCAGUCGAAGAAUUGUGCGAAACUGCAGAUUCAUUAAUAGCCCCGGUACGAUUAGGCGUUGCACGACCAACAGCACCAUUUACGUUAACUAGUUCUGCUGUGGAAGUAAUAAAUGGAUCUGAAGAAUUGUUUUCUAUAGAACCAUUAAUACCUCAUAGUGGAGUUAGUUCUCAAACUUUAGAUGGUGGGUUACAAACGCAACAAGUAAAUAAUAAUAUAACUAUUGCAAGAGAUGUGUCUGCAAUGGAUGAAGUUGAAGGUGGAGAAGAUGUCCCUAUGGAUAUAGAUGGAGAUAUAAGUGAACACGACGAAUCAGGUGUUUCUGGUACUGUUGCUGGUCAACCGCUUGGUGAAGUUGAUAGCAAUGCAGGUGGUGUUGGGGAAGAACAGGCAGGAGAUGGAGAAUCUGAUACAGAAUUAGAUCUUUUAGCUGAAGCCGAAACUGAAUCGGAUUCAGACGAUAAUCACAGUAAUCAAGAUGCUGCAUCGGCUCAAAGAAGUGUUCAAACUGGAGCUACUGCAGGUUCAGAUGGUGGUAUGGGAUCAAUAUUACUGUUUCCCGAAGAUGAGUCUGGUGAAUCCAGUCAACAGGAAGAUGAUGAAAGUGAAGCAGGUGAAACAGACGAACAAGAUAAUGAAGAUUUUCAAAUUGGAGAUGAACAAUUGGAACGUAGAAGUGGAUCAUCUGGCCAUUUACAUCGCAACAAUUUGGCACCAGUUUCUAUGCAAUGGGCUAUUCGUAAUCGUGAGUCAAGUACGCGUACUGCAGGCUUACGAGUGACGGGCGGCAGUAAUUUGGUUUUUAUCGAUCCCGUAUCUCUGAGACGUACUACUGCUACAUCUGCCGUUGCAGCUGCACAAGAACCUAUAACUAUGGGAACCACUGCAAGUUGUUUGGCACGAGCUUUUGGAAUUGUAAUUCGACAGAUAGCCGAUCUAUUAGUUAUGAUGCAAGAUUACAAAACGUUGGCUCCUACUUUACCACGAUUAAUGGAAAUUACCUUUCAAGAUGCAUUGAACUUACAGUUAUAUUUAGAAGCACAUUUGAAACCUACAUGGGAUUGGCUUUUAACAGUUAUGGAUGCUACCGAAGCACAAUUAAGGUUUGGAGUGUCCUUGACGCGUAGCGCUGAUCCGACACAUCCUGAACAUCCACUUAAUAAUGCUCCUUCACUUUCUGGCGGUAAUUUCACUGGGUUAUUGAGUUCAGCAGCUCUCUCUUUGACAUUACAAGGAAAUGCGAGUCGAAACCAACGCAGUGGUAUUGCAACAAGCUCCAAUAUUUCUGCUCCUCAAGCUUCGACAAGACUUACUGUUGGUUUUGCUGGUGUUAGUGAACCUGCUAGGAAUAGCAGAGAACGUGAAGGUGGUGAUUUGCAUUCUGCUAGGCGAGAGUUUUUGUCUUACUGUUUAUCUUUGAUGCGUGCUCAUAAUGGAGAACACAGAGACAGUUUACCAGUUUUAGACGUUUCCGCGUUAAGACACGUUGCAUAUGUAUUCGAUGCUCUUGUGUAUUACAUGCGUUGUCUUUCUGAACCAUUAACAUCAAGAGGCGAAGCGCAAAAAGAGUCAUCCAAUUAUUCGACAUGGAAUGAUCAAGAUGAAAAUGAUAAUGAUGAAGGAGAGGAAUAUAAUUCUCCAGCACCUACUGCAUUAGAAACCGAUUCUGUGGACUACCCAGAUUUACUUCAAGUUCCCAUAUGCGGGUCUGGAAAUAACAGUAAUUCUACACCUAAAGGAAGAAAACAUCCUUUCUUCCAAAGAUCAGAUUCUACCUUAUGCCUUGGUUGUCCGCCUCUCGAUCCAUUUGACACAGUUAUGAGCGAAGCAUUACCAUUAGCUGAUCAGCCGCAUUUAUUGCAGCCACAUUCAAGGCGUGAGGAUCUCUUUGGCAUCCCACGACAGCCGACAGGCGCUGCCAACCAAAAUCCAUUAGCAGGUUUGCCUACAAGGCUCGGUCUCUCCGCACGUGGUGCUGACAAUCAAAAUAAUUUGUCAUCUCCUACAUUCAGUCAAAUCAUUCCUGGAGCUACAUUUAUUCCUUCAGAAGUAAGACGACCUUCUGCUUCUGCCGGAGAUUCAGGAUCUACAAAAUUUGUUGAAAAGCCUAAAUCAUAUCAUCAUGUAUAUGAAGGUCCAACGCCUAUGGUAACAGAACAAAUAGACAGAGCUCCUAUAAUAGUAUCUACCAAUAAUCAAAAUGACUCUGGAAAUAGUAAGGGUAAAGAUGUAUGUAAAACAAAUAGAAGUGUUAUAGUUAGAGCUGGAACUAUAUCCGAAACAAACCUGAACAAAGCUACUGCUCCUGAAGUAUUGGUUGUUCCAACGGUUGAAAAUCAGAACGUUUCUGAAGAAGUUGAUCCAGCUGUAACUAGUCAUGAAAUUUCUGCACAUGAAACAGUAGAAACAAGUCCAGUGGAAUCUGCUAGAACUAUAUCAACUAUUGGGACAAACAUUUCACAUAAUAUUCUAUUAGGACGAUGGAGAUUAUCAUUGGAUUUAUUUGGUCGAGUUUUUAUGGAAGAUGUUGGUCUAGAAGCAGGAUCAGUUGUAUCCGAACUUGGUGGUUUCUCUGUAAAGGAAGCUAAAUUCCGUAGAAAUAUGGAAAAGCUAAGAAAUUCCCAACAAAAAGAUAUUACCUUGUCAAAGAUUGAACGUGAUAGAACUCAAUUAUUGGUGCAAACGAUGAAAGAAUUAAACACACAAUAUAAUUUAUAUAACAAAAGAACUUCUAAUGCUCCACCUUUGGCAGUAAAUCGAGUAAAAGUAACAUUUAAAGAUGAGCCAGGUGAAGGUUCAGGUGUUGCUAGAAGUUUUUAUACUGCAAUAGCCGAGGCAUUACUUGCAAAUGAGAAACUUCCAAAUCUUGAAGCAGCACAGGUUGGAUCUAAAUACACACAAUAUAACGUUUUACAAAAAUUAAAAAGCAGAGAUCGCGAUCGUGAUCUUAGAAGACAGAAUCCUAGAUCCUCCGGAAAAUGUCGUGAAACACGUAAAGCAUUAUCCUUCGAAGCUCGUUCCUUUCAUCCUUCAAGUUCUGUGGAAGGAAAUAAUGCAUCUGGAUCUGGAAGUUCAUCAUCAAAUACACAUCCUUUACCAGCCAGUCAUCCAAACAAUGAUCAUUUGACAAUGCAUCAACAACAACUUGGUGAUAGAUUGUAUCCUAAAGUACAUGCAUUACGGCCUGCAUUAGCAGAAAAAAUAACUGGAAUGCUACUUGAAUUAUCUCCUGCACAAUUAUUGAUGCUCCUCGCUUCAGAAGAUGCUUUAAGACAAAAAGUAGAAGAAGCAUUUGAGUUAAUUCAUAGCCAUAACCAAGACUUAACUAGCGAAGCACUUUUAGAUCUUGAUGUAUUCAGUUUAACCGAACGUUGUGCAGCUAAUAAGAAAAAGAUAGAGAAUAAUAUCAUGGAUGAUGGAGACGAUAACGCUCCUCUUUUCUAUUCACCUGAUAAAAGAGGCUUUUAUACACCUAGACAAGGUAGAGCCAGUUAUGAACGAUUAAAUGCUUUUAGGAAUGUUGGCAGGUUGAUAGGCUUAUGUCUAUUACAAAACGAGUUGUGUCCAAUAUUUUUAAAUCGUCACGUUAUUAAGUAUAUUUUAGCAAGGCCGAUACGUUUCCAUGAUCUUGCAUUUUUUGAUUCUGUAAUUUAUGAAAGUUUGAGACAACUCGUUAUCGAUGCUGAAACUAAAGACAGCAACAGUUUAUUUUCCGCAUUGGAUCUUACUUUUAGCAUUGAUUUAUGUCCUGAAGAAGGUGGUGGCUCGAUUGAACUUAUAUCAAGUGGUCGGGACGUAGAAGUUACAGCAAAUAAUGUAUAUGAUUAUGUACGAAAAUAUGCAGAAGUCCGUAUGAUAAAGGUACAAGAGAAGGCCUUGCAUGCAAUGCGAGAAGGAGUAUUUGAUGUUUUACCAGAAGGAGCAUUGGAUGGUUUAACAUCCGAAGAUUUAAGACUGCUUUUAAAUGGAGUUGGUGACAUUAACGUGUCAGUUUUGAUAUCAUACACAUCGUUUAACGAUGAAUCUGGAGAAGCAACGGAAAAAUUAGUAAAGUUUAAGCGAUGGUUAUGGUCCAUUGUUGAAAAAAUGUCACAUGUCGAACGGCAGGACUUGGUAUAUUUUUGGACAGGGUCUCCUGCAUUACCAGCAAGCGAAGAUGGUUUUCAACCAAUGCCAAGUGUUACGAUUCGACCAGCCGACGAUGCUCAUCUACCAACUGCAAAUACAUGUAUUUCUCGCCUAUACGUUCCAUUGUACAGCUCUCGUCAUGUUUUACGGCAUAAGCUACUUCUUGCUAUUAAAACAAAGAACUUCGGAUUUGUAUGAAUUUAUCAAGUGAUCAUCAUUCACACUUGCUCCAAGAGAAAAAGUCGCAUUAAUGAUAUUGACAUAAGAAAAUGGUUAUGUGUUGUUUUUCUUUCUUUCAUAGAAAAAUUUAUAACAUUUAUAAAUUUAUAAGGUGUAAUUAUGAAUUAUGAUUUCCCUUAUCAUAAAGUGGUCUUCGUCUUGAUAAGGAUUUAUGUUAAAGUGUCAUAUUUAGUCUUUAUAGUGGUCCAAUAAACUUUCCCAAAAUUA